UCCCAGAUCUGCAUCCUGGAGUGCGAGGGCGAGGCCGUGCCGCGAGCCACCUGGGAGCUGUGCGCCGCCGCCAGCCGGGCGUCCCCGCGCACCCACGACCUCGCCGCCGAGCCGUGGCCCGGCGUGGCACCGGAGAACCUCCUGUGGCGCCGCGACGCCGACGGAGCCGCACCGGGAGCCUUCCCGCAGCCUCCCGAGGACAUUUCCCGCCGGCUCGGGAUGGGCUGGCGAGCGGCGCCGGCGGCCAAGGGGGUGCAGAAGCGGUACGGGGGCUUCAUCGGGGUCCGCAAGUCGGCGAGGAAGUGGAACAACCAGAAGAGGUUUAGCGAGUUCCUGAAGCAGUACCUGGGAAUGUCGCCGCGCUCCAGUGAGUACGACUUGGGCGGCGGCAUCGGAGAGCACAACGAGAUCUAACGGAGACCCCGCGGCGUCCGCCAGGGCCACACAAAAGUCAACCCUCCACCCCCUCCCCUUCUCUCUCCGCCACAUUCCAUAGGGGCAACUUAACAAUAAAAAAAAAAAAAAGAAAAAAGGGGGCCAAAAUAAUAGUAGUAAUAAUAAUAAUAAUAAAAACAACAACAACAAACCGAAAAAAAAUUGGGAAUUUGAGUGGAAACGAAAAAUUGGAGACCGGGGAGGGACGGUGAGGGCGAUCAUCGACAUCGCAGGGGAAGGUCCUUUGGGGUCCAGGGAGGAGGUUUGGCCUCGAGGCCAUUUGUAUUUGAAGGAUGGUUUAGUUCUUGUCUCAAAAAAAAAAAAAAACAGGAGGAAAAUUAAAAUAAAUCAGGAGAA